AGUCAGCUAGUGGAGCGGCUGGUGCAACAGCCAGUGAACCAAGGCCUUCCAAUCGCUAUCCAGGAACCAAUUCGGGUAGCUGGCCGUCACCGGUGAGCAGCUUGGACGCUCAAGCCAGCGAUGGACAUCUGAACAUUUUCUCCAGCCGACCCGACCGUCUUGUGGAGGCUUGGGCAUCAGUAUCCUGCGCUGAUUGGCGAGAAAGUCACUCCCGAAUCUCUCUUUUGGAACUGUCGUCAGUAAUUACAAGCGACGUUAUAGAUCCCCAUCAAUGGUAAAAAGAUUGUCAGCUGCUCCUUGUAUCUGCUACGGUAAUAUGACUUCAUCUCCAAACCAGUGACGCUUCAACUUCACGUGGUUGUAAUAAUCGACUUCCAAGAUGACGUCAAUCGGCAAUGCCACGCCACUGGUAUGUGUGGUGGUUCUCCUUCUUGCUCUUGUUGUACCACCAGCGGCACAGCAAGGAGACGGGUGCCCACCCUGUGAUUGCUCCCAAAACACAGUCAGUGUUGGAGUUCUCAUUGGUGCCUGCGUGGCCGUUCUCGUGGGGACUUUAAUCAUCGAAGCUCUUGCUAUCUUAUGCUACCGGAAAUACUGCCGAGACCGAGAAAAGCCGCAGAAGGUUGCCCAUCGCUUCAUGGUCUCACCCGAUGAGGAACUGGUCGUGAAGGAGAAUCUUGCCUAUGAGAGCGAUUCCGAUGCUCAAGAGCGAUCACUUAGGGAAGCAAAGGAGAAAAAGAGGGCAUCUAUAUUCAGCAUCAGCGAAACUAAAGACAACAUGCUGUAUGUGCCUGCACUCUACCGCAACCCAAUCACCAAAGAUCGGGACACUGGUAAUGCCAUCAUGAACGGUUACCAUGACUACGAGCCAGACUAUGGCGUGGACAGCAUGUUCACCUAUAAUGCUGGAUGGGGGUCUCGUGUUCCAAACAUCCUCAGUGGCAAGGGCAACACAAACAGCCUCGAGUCCCUGUAUAUGGAUGCUGAUGAAUAUCCAAUCCUGCAAACUCCGCAGGGAGUUGGCCACGUGAACUUUACAUCGUCAAAGUACAGGGAUGGCUUUGGUCGGAAGAGCAUCGACAUCCACGAGGACGAUGGGGAAGUAACAACCUACACCUAUACAACUGGUUUUGGGGGCAAAGUACGGCGUGAGGUUGCUACUGUAACAACAGACCCUGGAGAUGAGAUGGAGAUUAAAGGAGAUAGGGUGACCUGGCGAAAGCUGCGAGCCCCUGAUGAGGUGGUUUUGGAUAUGGAUGAGGAGGAAGCCAAGCCUGAAACACGAAUCAGUAUCGAUGACAAUUUUACAAUCGGCAAACCAACCUCAACCAAACGGCAACAAUACACUGAAGCAGAAAUCCACAGUGACUCCCCAGGAACCAGUUAUGAUCCCUCGGGCAACUUCAUCCUUCGUGCCACACCCUCCACAUCUCGCUCAGACAGCAGUGAUGAUGACCUUUAUGACUACGGAGACAGCAUCGAGGGACAGCAGCAUUUCCAGAACAUGCAGAAGCACUCAGAACCUGGCAAAAUCGGUCACGGAACAUUCCGAGCAACCGUCGGUGGUAUCCCUCUAGACCAUGGCUCUUCAGAAGAAGAAACUCCGACUGAACUCUUCAACAGCAGGUACCGUUAUAGCACCGGACUCAACAAAGCCAAACUGAUUGCCAUGCGUGCAGCUGCUGCAGCCCAUGCCCGCGAACAAAUCCUCCAUGAAGAAGGGCCGACAGAAGAUCAAGACGACAAGACACCAGUCAUUGGUUACAUCAAGCUUGUCAAACCUGACUCUGAUACAGAUGGCAGUAGUGAGGGACAAGAAUACCGAGUCAUGCCCACAAGGGAUCCUGACAGUCCAAACACAGUACGACUGUAUCCAGUUAAUUCCACCGGACAACCGAUCACAAUUCAGACUCAUGCUCCAGGAGGAUUCUCGCAAGAUUCUUACAUCAGGCAUCGUCGCGAGACAUACAUCGAGGUUGCAGACGCUGGAUUGCAGUGUGGAAUGAGCCCUAAAGGUGACAGGCCAGGCAUUUCUCAACCAGGAGUGACUCAGGAGAGGACGAGUAUCUUGAAAGAUAGAACAUCUUACAACCUCGAGAUGAACACCGUGGAUGAUAUUCCUACUAUCGGUGUUAUCCGAUUGAUGCAUCCCAAGUCAUCUAAGCAUGUAAGAAUCAGGGAGGACCAAACUGAGUCUUCAACCAUAACUUUCAGUGAAGAGGAUCUCACCUCGGCUUCUCUCGAAGAUGUCACCUACCGCUCAACAAGCCGGUCAACUGAUCGUAGCUCCCCAAGACCUCGCCGCGCACGAUCAGCCCCAGCUAGAAGUGAGCAUGCACAUAUCCCAGAGGACGACAGGCAUCCUUUUAAAGAAGUCCCCACGAUCGGAGUUAUUCGGCUUGUUCGUCAAGACACUGCCUCAGAAUCAUCAGGCGUGGAAAGUGAGAUUGCAAGUGGCGAAGACUCGGCACCAGAAGACAGACCAAGAGGACAGAAGACUGACAAGUGGACACAGCAUGAGGUUCCUAUUGUGCGCUUGGCUCAGCAGAUCCUUCAAGAAAGUGUCCACGAAAGAGCUUCAUCUCGGCAGUCUCAAAGUCGAUUCGAUCAGGACACUGAUAACAUACCAACUAUUGGAGUUGUGAGGUUGGUGCGUCCCAGAUCAACAGUUAGUGAUGUCAGACCAAUGACAGGUUCAAGAACGGAAGAGUACUUUGAAACUACAGAAGAAACAACUCAGCAAGUAGCAACCCCCAGAGAUACCCCUGUUUCUGACAUGCCAACUAUCGGGAUCAUCAAAUUAUUGAAGCCAAAUUCAAGGCGGGAGCCCACCACAAGGAUCCCUGUGUCAGUAGUAGAUAGAGGAACUCAACCUGCUAAUACAUGGGCCCAGUUGCUACGUGAGAUGCACAGUAUGGUUGAGAGUGAAAUCCUGCGAAAGACCAGUAGGAAACAGCAGCAUGACCAAUCAACUGAUGAAACUGAUGCUCUACCUCGCACAAUCAGCAUUAUCAAACUGAAGCGCGAGGAAGAACAAGUACAACAUCAAGUCCCAUUUAGUCAGAUGGAUCGCUCAACUCAGAGUAGUGCCGAGAUGAGAGAUGAGGAAACAAUGCCAACCUUCACUUGGUCUCACUUGAUCCACGAAGUGGAAGACCAGAUUGAAAGUCGGUACAAGCGAAUGUCAGCCCCUACUCCAAAAGAUAACUUCGAGGUUUCCAAGUCUGUCCAGAAACUUGGAAUUAUCCAGUUGAAAGCAGCCCCAGAAAAGAUCAUCAGGGACAGUUUCACCCAGAUUUCAGGCCCACAUACCUACGAGAAGAGCACGGGGCCUGCAUGGAGCUUCCAAGAACUCGUUGAAGAAGUAGAAGAAGAGGCUGUUCAGAAAUUCAAGAGAACUCUGAAACAACUGGACCGACCAGCUGAACAACAGGAUUUGCACGAGCCAGUUCGCUCUGUCAGUGUAAUCAAGCUCAAGAAAGAACCCGCACAAGAGAAGCUGGUGCGAGAUUCUGUCACUCAGAUAUCUGGGCCACACAUGUACGAGAAAAGUACCGGACCAGUCAAGACAUUCGAGGAAAUCAGAGAAGAAAUAGAGGAGGAAGCUCUCAGAGAGUUCAAGAGAACAUUGAGCCUGUUAAAUCGCCCCGCGGUUUUUCAAGAAGUGUCAGAACCAGUGCAAGCCGUCAGUGUGAUCAAGCUUAAGAAGGGUCCCGAGGCUCAGAAACCGACAGUAAUAAACCGUGGAGUUCAACCUGAUCUUCCGUGGCGGGAGCUCAAGGAAGAGAUAGAAGACGAGGCCAUUGAGGAAUACAAGAAGCACAUGCGACGAUUCCAACCAAAGGAAGUUGUUCAGCAAGUCCCCACAACACAAGCUCCUUCAGUAAGCGUCAUCAAACUCAAAGGCCCUAAGACCAUGCCUGCACCAGAGAAGUGGGAUAACAUUACACAGUGCGAUUUGAUCAAGCCAAAACCUCUCAUGACUGAUCAGGUAACGGAACCAACCCGACCUUGGUCUGAUGUUCUACACAAUGUACGCAGGAUUUUGGAAAAUGAGUACAGACGCACCAUCACUGAGCUGGAAACUCGAUUGAUGUCGUCACCUAAAGAUGAGCCUGCUGCUGAGGCAGUCGUUCCGACUGUUGCCGUCUUUAAACUGAAGGGACCGGAUGUACAACCAGAGCCCGAAAAGCCAACAAUGGUGAGUGAGAAGACACAAGCUGCACCACACACAGCUGAGCAAGAAACUGCACCAGACAGGCCCUGGACGAGCAUCCUCACUGAUGUGAGGAAAAUUCUUGAGAAUGAAUACAGACGUACAAUCCGAGAGCUGGAAGACCAGUUAAAUGGAAGAGAUGAAACAGACUCUGGGAAAACAAUGGCCUAUUUCAAGCUCAGUACCCCUGAAAUACCCAAAGUGCAAACAGUCAGUAUGUACACACAAAUUGACGCACCUCACACUGGAGAACAGGGAACUGUACCAGAAAGACCAUGGGGACAGGUCGUGAAAGAUAUUCGCAGUUCUGUUGAAAACGAGUACCGAGUCACAAUCAGAGAGCUUGAAUCUCAACUGGCUGAAAGACCCAAAGAGGGGCCUAAGGGCCCAACUCGUUUGGGAAUCUUCAAGCUGAAGGGACCCAAGCAGAUGAAGGUGAAGAAACCAGUUGUUCACGACACGUUCACUGAACCGACAAAGCCUUGGUUGACGCUGCUGAGUGACAUUGAAGAAAAUGUGGAGAGGAGACUGUCAUUGAAGGCAGUAAAGCCGAUUGCCGUGGAGCCCGAAAUUGUUCAACAGACCCAACAAAUAGUAGAGAUGGCACUACAGAAAAAGCCUGCUACAGCUGAUACGAUGACUCAAGCUUCUCAAGCCACAACUUCCUCAAAGGCCUCCCAAAGUGCAGUUGUUCGGAGUUCCUCAGUGUCCACUGAAGCCAAUAUUCAACCGCAAGUUACUGAACAGAGCACAUCAUGUGACCUUAGACCUAGUGUUAAUGAAGACGUCCAAGUUGAACCCACAACGGCAAUAAAAUACACUGUUACAGAAGCCACCGAGUCUUCCGAUUUCUUCCAAAUUUUCAAGCCAGAAUUAUCCUCACAGGAAACCCAAGCUUCACCAUCAAAAACCACAACAGCAACAACACCCCAGAAAUCUUCUCUGCAAGAAGCCGGUAUCCAAACUUGUCCUUCAACUAAGGAUCGUGAUAUACUCACAGACCCAUCGCCAGCCUCCGACUUUGGCGUACAAGUUAAACCACUUCACGAGAUUCCUCACAUUGCACCGACAAUUGUACAACCAGUUCAUGCACCCAUAACAUUCAAAGAGCCAGAGCUGGAGAAGAUCGACGUUACUGUUCAAGUCGUGCCAGAAAAGAACAGCAAGGCCUCAAGUACUGAGACCAAAAAGUAUGUGGAAACCUUUGUGCAGGUUGGUAGUCCACAGCCAAACCAAGAAACCUUCGGUGCCCAGGUACAGCCAGAUGUCACAGAUGGUCACUCAUCCGUAGUGAUCAGAAUGAAAGAUGCCGGAACAGAUAACCGGCAAGUGAAAUCAACGGACAAGUCAACAGAAACUACCAAUGUGAAGGAAGUACGGGACUUCGCCAUCCUAGUCAAACCGGAUGUUAAAAACAGGGUUGCUGCUACUAACGUGAAGAAAUUCUUGGAUGCAUUCGCUCAGGUUGAUGAACCGACCCAAGAACAGGCUGAGACUGAUGAAUCUUCUGUUCAAGCCGUACCAAGCAUCAAUGUAACAUUCACAAGCAUGGAUACCCCAAAGCUGACUGAUGCCUUCACUCAACUGACACCUCUCACAGUCGAACAGGGUGACAAGUUUAUUCAAGUUAAUGCUCAUGUGGCUGAUGUUGGUACUGGUACUCCGGUGGUAAACUACGCAGACAACAGUUCACAGGUGGCCAUGUCAACGUUAAGCCGCCAAGUCCAGGCACAUGCUCUGCUAACAGAUGCUUCAACAGGAAAAGAGCUCCCAACGACCGAGACGUCGACUCAGUCUGUUUCUGUUGCUAAGCAAGAAGUGUCAGUUCAGGUCACUAUGGAAAUUGAGACAGAGCCAGCUAUUGUCAAAGCAGUGGUACAAGGCGAACAGUACUCAAUGCCAUCGUUGUCUACACCUCCUGAUGUAACAGAUUCUGCCAUGCAGACUGCACCACAAACAGUGGAGUUCUCAGGUCAAGUUAAGCCUCAAACACUGGAAAAAUUCACAGAAAAGAAAAUAGAUGGAAGCAACUUUGGGCUGCAGGUUUCUCAAAAUAGCACAGAUUCUUUCACACAACCUCUGGAUAUUUUGAGUAAGACGGUUCCAGUUCAAGUUCGUCCACGCACUGUAGACAAAGCAACAGAAUAUUCAGAAUCUAAAGCCUAUUGUAUUGACAUAGGGAUGCAGUACAUCAUUGAAAGCAAUGAAAUUGGAGUCAGUGUGGAGCCUGAGAUGAUUGAAGAUGGUACAGCAAUGGAAAUCAAACUUCAACUUGACGUUGGCACUCAGGCAGAUUGCGAAAUCACAGUUGAGCCAGCAAUUAUCCAAGAAGUGUUACGAGCUCCUGAAGAAUCCGUUGCACUGAUGAAUCGGAAUGUUCAAACAUCCAAUGUGGAUACACAAACUGUACCAGAAGAGACCAAACACCAAGGAACAUCCCCAGAGGGCAUGAAGACUUCUGAUGCAGUGGUGCAGCAUGUUGAAUUGACAAAUCUCAGAGACAGCAGUGUCCAGGCUGAUCCACUUGUGACAUCGACUGGUACUUUGGCAGUUACAACAGCUUACAGUGUGCAUGCUGCCCAAGUUAAGCCCCAAACUACAGACCGUGGAAUGACAACAGUGAUACGUGGGUCCAACGAACGAAGUAGCAUGGCAAACCUGUUCCCAAAGCCUUAUGUGAAACCUCCUUGUAAAGAUGCUUUUGCCCAAAUCCAACCUGCAUCCAACCUUACAUCAGAAGGUACACUGACCGACCAGACUGCAGUCAAAGCCAUGUCAGUCCAGGCAUCACCAGCAACUAGCACACAGGGUCAGACAUCCAAACCAGAAGUCAGGGAGCAGUGGAGCAUGACAGAUAAAACACUAGAGAAAAAUGUCAUCGAGCUUAUCAUUCCACAAGUAGAAGAACCAGUUGUGGCUUCCAUCCCCAUCCUAAAAGCAGAACUUCUGGAUAAAACAACGCAGAUGCUUUCACCCAGCCAAAGGGAUGCGUUCUCAUCGACAGAGAUAUCUCAGACUCAAACUGCUACUCAGUAUGAUAUUAAUAAUGAUGACUUGUCAACUCAGACAGAUGUUCAACUUGAUGUCACAAACAGCAGUACUCAGAUGGAGUUCCUUGUAAUUGACACUACAGUCCAAACACUACCUGUCAAGAGGGAGACUGUUAGUCUAUCAACUGAUGUUACCCAGUUCAAGACGUCGUUUGCUCAGUAUGAACCAGACCUGUUUCGAUCGUCUGUUUCAAAUCAAACAGCUGUUCAUACGAGCAGCACAGGAUUCUCUCCCGAACAGAUCGUGUUGAAAUCGACUGGCAUUUCUCCAGAGAAAGCAAAUGUCAGGACUUCAUCAACUCAAUAUCAGAAGACUGUUCUUCAAGACCACAGCAUCCAGACUGAAGAACAGGAGCAACCGAAAGUGUUUGGGGAGGAAAUAGUGACAGUGGAAGAGAUCGAAGUACUCGAGUCUGCUCCUGUACUCCCCGAGAUGGAAAUGUCAAAUACAGAGACACAAACUGAAAAUGAAGUACAGCCAAUAAUGAGUGAUGUUGCUUCUCAACAUGAACCCAACAUUAAAACAUCUGUUGUUCAAACUAUCCACGUCAAACUCGAGUCCAAAUCAACAUCAACAACUGGGCCGCAGGUACAGGAGUCGAUAGUCCAAUAUGAGCCCGAACGCUUCAGGACAGCUGUUGCAUCCCAAACAUCAAUUCCAACCAGUACAACAGGAUCCUCCACAGAAAAGGCAACUCUGAAGACAACUGGAGUGUCGCCUGAUAAAACUGACGUAAAGGCUUCAUCAACACAAUAUCAGAUGGCAGUCACAAAAGACAACAGCAUGCAGACAGAAGAACAAGAAGAAUCUAUUAAGUUUGAAGAAUUCAUUACUGUUGAGCAAGCCCCAGUUGUGGAAAUCAUGCCUGUAUCCAUUCCUGUUGAGCUGGUUGAUGCUGAAACACAAGCCGAACUUGUUACAACUGAUCGAGCAAUCCUUACAGAGCCAGAGAAGCAGAAGGUUAUGAAAACUUCAGACGUUCAAACUACACAGCUGAAGCUCGAGUCCAAAUUUACGUCAACAUUGGGACCACAGCUUAAAGAAUCUGUAGUUCAGUAUGAGCCUGAACGCUUCAGGACAGCUGUGUCAUCCCAAACAUCUAUUCCAACACGUCACACAUCAUCUUCAACAGAAAAGCUAUCCCUGAAAACAACUGGCGUGUCACCUGAGAAAGCUGAUGUAAAGGCUUCAUCAACACAAUAUCAGAUGGCAGUCACAAAAGACAACAGCAUGCAGACGGAAGAAGAAGAAGAAUCUAUUCAGAUUGAAGAAUUCAUUACUGUUGAGCAAGCCCCAGUUGUGGAAAUCAUGCCUGCAUCCAUUCCUGUUGAGCUGGUUAAUGCCGAAACACAAGCUGAACUUAUUACAACUGAUCGAGCAAUCCUUACAGAGCCAGAGAAGCAGAAGGUUAUGAAAACCUCAGAUGUUCAAACUACACAGCUGAAGCUCGAGUCCAAAUUUACGUCAACAUUGGGACCACAGCUUAAAGAAUCUGUAGUUCAGUAUGAGCCUGAACGCUUCAGGACAGCUGUGUCAUCCCAAACAUCUAUUCCAACACGUCACACAGCAUCUUCAACAGAAAAGCUAUCCCUGAAAACAAUUGGAGUGUCACCUGAGAAAGCUGAUGUGAAGGCAUCAUCAACACAGUAUCAGAUGGCAGUCACAAAAGACAGUAGCAUGCAGACAGAAGAACAUGAAGAACCCAUCCAACUUGACGAAUUCAUUACUGUCGAACAAGCCCCAGUUAUUGAAUUUAUGCCUGAAUUCUCUUCAGUGGAGCUUGUUGAUUCAGAGACGCAAGCUGAACCAAUUAUGACUGAUCAAGCUAUCCUCACAAGACCAGAUCAGCAGGAGAAAACAACCACCACUCUUGUUAGGAAGUAUACUCAAGCUUAUGUCCAGAAUGUUCCUAAAAUGGCAUCUGUCGGUCAGCAGAUGACGAUGCAUCGACCACAACUGGUGUCCCAAGGCACCACCACUUUGAAGAUUCACUUAACAACAAAACCAACACAAGCCCAACCUUCAACAAUGUCAUUUAGCCAGAUGAUGGAGCCCACGGUCAGAGAUCACUGGAGCAUGACAGAUGAUGAGCCUGUUAAAGAAAUUAUUGCUCCUCAGAUAGAUUCUGUGGUUGAAAGCACACCACAGCUGCCUGUUGAAACACAAAAUGCGGAUGUCCAAGUUGAGCCCAAAAUAUCAAGUGUUGCGAUAGAAGCUCUUAAAGAAACAGCAGAGCGAGGCAUCCUUGUUCUCCCUGAAACACGUGAAGUUACAUCUCAGAUGUCAGUACACCAUGCAACUGCCUAUGCACAAGCAACUGUUAGACAUGCAACAAUCUCAUCUCAAACGGAUGUAGAGGAAAAGGUUCGUAUGAAAAAUUCCGGAAUUCAGACUCAACAGUAUCUGGUCACAAGCAGAAGCUAUGUCCCUCUGAAAGAGAAGAACUACAAGCCUAUUGAGCAUGCGGGUGACUUGGUGGGUAUACAACCACGUGGACCACUCAGGGCUGAACACAAGACUAUGCAAGCUUCAAUUUCUACGGCAAACACCAGUUCACAGUACACUGGUCUUGAGCAGACAGCAACAGGUUUCCAGACAGAGGAGACAGUUGAAGUCUCUGAUAUGGAAGUCCAGACAAACCCAGUAACAAUCAUUGACUUUGUUCCAGUCCUUAAAGAUUCUUUUGUGCAGUAUGAGCCCAUGUACUUCUACAGUACAUCCACACAGGUUGAAAUACCUACAAUGCAUCAGCACGUAAGUGCCGUUGUACAAAACAGAACCCAAGAAACAACCACACCUAUCAUCAGGGUACAACCUUCAUCAAGCCAGACUGUAGCUCAUCAUGGCAAGGAUAAUGCCUCACAAACCAAUCCUAUGCCAGAACCAGAACCGCUUAUUGCACCAAUGAGGACUGAGCCAGUUCUCUUUGCUCCACCUCCACUGCUUCCUGAGACGCAGGUAGCCGAAUCUCAAACUGACAAUGUGGUACUAACUGAUCAAAGUACUUCCAUGCAGCUACCAAAGGUAUUUAGUGCCUAUGCUCAAGUUGGUCCACGAAUGCAGGAUACUGACACAAUGACACCCGUAAAGCUGUAUGCUCAAAUCGCUGUACAAAAUGAACCUGAGACACUGUCUCAAGUGAUGCAAACUUCACCUGAUGUCAAAGAGGGAACUACAUUGACGGAGAAUCCAGACAUCACUCAUCAAGCUUCCCAGUAUGAAACUGCCUUUGUGCAUGUGUCAUCACAGGCAGCUCCACAAUCCCAUGAUGCCUCAACCUCCUCCGACUUAGUCUUCCAGGAAAUGAUUGAGGCUGGAACACAGCACAUUAUGGAAUCUAACAAUUUUGAAUCACAGACAUCUCCCGAUACACGAGAACAAGCUUCAUUUACUGCUUUUGAGAUGCAAGAGUCUGACUGCCAAUCAGAACUGACUAUAGAGGACCUAGAAGAAAUGCUAGCAACUCUCAAGAAGAAACUGGAAGAAAAACCCACCGUGCAGGAGAUCAUCAUUCCUGACAAAGUCAAUCCUGUAGAAUCACCACUUAGCUUCCUAGUUGAUACUGAGGAAUCUGGCAUACAAACCUUCCUGGAAACAAUCCAAAGAAGCACAUCCCCCAUUCUCCAGGAAGUGAAGCAUGUAAUUACUCAGUAUGAAGCAGAGCUGAAGGAUUUGGGCGUGCAAGUGAAACCUGAUGUAAUUGAUAAAGAAAUGGAAACUUUUGUAGUCAACGUUCACGAUGCCGCGAUUCAGUACGCUUCCCUCUACGGCAAAGACAAACCUACACAGUUUACUCCUGAAGUCAACGACGCAGGGUCAAUUACAGACCAGACAGAAUACCAGCACAAUUCCACAAAUACCUGGUCCAUUUCACUUGCAUCGAAAACAAUGCAAGCAUGUCCCAAGAGUAUGGACAAAGGAACAACUCCAGUAUUGCAGCAGUACGACAAAAGAGGCACUCAGACAUCAGGCCCUGAAACCAUCUCCAGGUGGACUCAGAGAGAAAUCCUCUGGGCGGAUGUUCCUAUCCAGGUCAGACCAGUUCUUGAUGAUGCCACGUCUCAAACGGAGUACAUCAUAAAAGAAGAAAUCCAAGCCUUGCUGAAGCCAAUAGAGAAGAGGGAAGUCAGACUAGAGAUGAGAUCAUUCAAAGAAACAAAUACAGCUGAAAUACAAACUGAUCCUGUCAUCAUUAAAUCUGCCGAACCUGACGAUGAAAAGGAAUCAUGGCUUGACAGUGGAAUUGACACUGACGUUCAAACAGAUCCGGUUACAAUUCUCUCUGACUUUGAUUCCGAGAUAGAGUUGAUGGAUGAAGACAGUCAGACAUGUCCAGUCGACAUGAUUGAUGCCGAUAUCCAAGUUGAGAGCAGGAAGGAGGUAAAUGACACACCUUCACAAACUUUCCAGCAUCUGAUUGCAAAAACAGUUCAGACAGAGCCAAAGCAAGUAUCUUAUGCUGGUACUGUUACAACUACCCGAACUGUCAGACCCAUCUCUUCUCAAACUUUCCCUACAAAGACCGAAAACAAGGGAUUCCAGUUUGAACCAGUUCCAUACUUGACCAACGAAGACAUUUACACUCAAACACCUGUUAAACUGACUAAGGAACAAGGGACACGUGCGUUAGAAAGCCAGGUUAAGACUUCAACAACACAAACUGAUGAAAUGCCAGUGAUUGAGCCAGAGAUUAUUCAUGUUGCCAAUCUCCAACCAGUUGAUUCACAAAUGGUAUUCUCAGCUCCUGAAGCAGAAGUCACAGAUACUGGUGUACAAGCAAGUGCGGAAGUAAUACAUGAAGACUCACAGACAACUAGAGUCUUCACAACAGACAGACCCUCUUCACCAGGAAUCAGUUAUGCUGUGGCCGAGUCACAGACUGUUACUCCAGUCCGCCGGACGAGAGAUACUCAGUAUGAGUCAAAUGCAGCACCGAAGAAAACUCAGACAGAAAGUACAGUCACUGUCAACAUGAGUACAGCCACCGAUCAGACGAUCUCACAAGAUGUUUGUCUUCAGACUUUCUUGGAAACCAAGCCUGAGAUCGUUGACAGGUCAAUGCAGCAUGUUGCAGUGGUUCUUAUGGGAUACUCCCAGACUGAGGAGACUGAACUACAGCAUGGAGAAACACAAACUGAUGAAGUUGAGGAAAUCCAAUUUAUCACUCCAUCUCCUGAAGCUGUAGAAGCCUUUGCACAGACAAUUGAUGAUGUUAUCAGUGUUGGUGCUCAAACUGAGGGUCCAGACAUCAUGCAGAGUGGCACUGAUGCACCUGUAAAAAGAUUGAAAGUUGGAACAACCCAAACACUGAGAAAGAACACUUGGAAUGAGGGAACUGUCACCGAACCAAUGAAGUCCAUGAGCAUGUCUGUGCAAACAGAUGGCAUUCCUGUUCGUGUUGUGGAUGAACACAUCUCUCCGAUCCAUCUGCAACCAGUGCACGCCCCACUCACUCUGCCUGAAUACAAACCAAAGCUACUUGAUGCCUCCAUCCAGGCUGAUGUGAAGACUGAUGACAGGUCAAUGCAGCAUGACAGCGAAGCCACACAGUUUAACAUCUAUUCUACAAGAGUGGUGAAGGGAGAAGUGACCCCGACAGUGCGAAGUGAAUAUUCGAUGAUGCCACAAAAGAAACACUUUAUCAGUCAUCUGGAAUCAACUGCAUACCCUGAGGAAGAAAAGUUGACCAACAAGCAUUUUGUUGACACACCUACUCAAGUCAAACCACAGGUAAACAACGUACCAGUCCAGGUGCAGCCAGGUCACGAUGACUGCUCAACAGCUACCGAGGAGGCAAUCUUGACUAGCACUGAGGUGCAAACAGACUUUGCAGAGGAACCAAUGGAAGAAAUCAUCAGGGUUAGUCAGGUUCCUGUGCAGCAAACACCUUUCCUUGACUUGGGGCCAAUUUUGAUGGAUACUGGCACACAAGUAGAACCGAGGACGACUGAUCAUGGCAUGUCCGCCACUGACCCACAAUUUGAAGGGCCAUCCUAUUUGGAACUUGGACCGAUGCUACUUGAUACAGGCACACAAGCUCGUCCAACAGUGAGUGAUCACGGAAUGCUGACUAUGAUGCCACUAGAACCACUUCCAGCAUGGACCCAGACAGAACUCAAGACAGAAGACACUGCUGCACAGCAUGAGAUUUAUGUACAAAAUGCUAUUAACCAGACUUUCACCCAUCAAAAAGAACACAGUACAUACACCUCCAUUGAUGUCCGACAGGAAAGCUCACAAGCAACAACAGAGAAAAAAGAUGCUGGAGUACAAGCUAAGACAGUAGAGGAAGUGAGCGUAAUGACAACUGGUAUUCAAACGGUUGUCAUCCGUGAAGAAAAACCACAGAUGAUGGAUGUAGGAAUGCAGUUCAGGCCUCUAAAGAUUGAUCAGACUACUUGGACAAGCAAGGCUAGGACAGUAAGCUCUCACAGUAACACUGAACCUAUGAAUAUGAAGCAAGCUAUGGUUCAAGUUGCCAUCAAACCACAGACACAAGCAAGAGCUACCCUAACUAUACCCAAGCACUCAAGAAACAUCACCACUCAAGCGGAGAUGAAAUGCUACGAUGCAUGCGUCCAACAUGAUGAUCUACCAGACUUGGCAGACAAGGGUCUGCAAAUCAAGCCAGUGAUGGUGGAUGACAUAUCGGAAACAACACAAUCAAGACAAAUUGAUCAGCCAAUUCAAGUCAACUUAGAUGGUACAAAACCAUCAACAAUUGAUGUCUCCACUCAACAUGCAGAGGAAAAGGACACACAAGACAAAAUAGCACAGGUUAAGCCAAUUUCAACUGAAGCAGGGGUGUGGACUGAAUUUGACACAAAAGACAAGGGAAACCAAGCCGAUUUACCCCCAGAAAUUGAUGAAUUUGUUCAUUCCGUGGUCACUAAGAUACAGCACGCUCCUAUUCCAUUCCCUGAAACCAUGACAACAGACAGGUCCAUCCAACAUCAACCUUCGUACGACAGUCAGACUGUGCAGACCAGUAUUGACGUCGCAGAGAGGGCAUCCUCUCCAGUUGGUCCUGUCUACAAUGAUGGCUCUUCCCAGACACAAGCAGAUACCUGUGACAUGGGAUUUCAGACUACAUCCCAAGAAACCUCAACAGCUGAAGUCCAGGCUGUUAUGUCCUACUUUAGUGAGGAAUCGUUCCGAAUGGAGUCAGUUAAGGAAGAUUUCAUCAGUGCCCAAGUUUUCACUGAAGAACAGCAUGUGGCUCCACUGCCAACAGUGCAGUACCAAGAUGCUCAGAUGCAGUACAACCCAGUUACCGAGGACUCAACAACUGAGACCGUGUCAACUGGAAUCGACUCUGCAAACCAGUCACAGCCUCUGACCAUCGAUCAAGCCACAACAACAGAAAUCACUAAGCAUUCUCAGGUUGAAAUUCAGGUGGACAUAGGAAACCCCUCAGUCAUAACCCAUGAAACAGCAGUGCAGCAUGAUAUGGUGUUCAAGCCAGUAGACGCCUUCACACAAAUCCAUCCUCUGACUGUAGAUGAAGGAACAUCAACAGUUCCAUUACAGAGAACCGAGGUAUCAGUACAGUACAUAGCACCGACAGACAAAAGGCCAUCCUCUCCAAGAGUUGUCCCACAAACAAAUGACAAAGGAACAUCAGCUCAGUAUGAUACAUCCCAGUCUUCAACACAGACCAUCUUAUUGAAAUCGGAUGUUGGUAUACAGUCUAAACCAAACACCAAAUCCGAGCUGACUCAUGCUGCUAUUAAGCCCGAAUCCCAUGAUCAAUCUACAACAACAAGACCCAACGUUCGAGCAUUUGAAACCCAAACGUUCCUUCCCAAAAAGAAUGAGGGCUCACAGUGUGAUUAUGCAACACUAGUGCAUAACACCUCUCAAUAUGAAAAACUGUUUGUUGCAGACAACUCAGUCCAAGUCAAACCUGUCAUCAGAGAGCAAGCAAACUCUCCCAUUUUCAAAAGGAAAGAGGUCGGCAAUGCAUCAUCUCAGACAGAUGCUGUACCAGGGGAACUAGACAGCUCCAUUGGAGAUCUCGUCAAAUACGUACCACAUCAACCCUUCAAACCAAAUGUCGAAAGUGACUUCAUGCAUGAUUAUUCAGACAGACUUUGUGAGUACCUUGCCCAUGAUGAACAAGUUCCUGUCUUUGUUGAGCAUCCCAUUGAAAGAAUUAAGACAUCAUCCCAAUUUCAGCCCCGUCAGGAAAGCUCCUCGCCAGUGUGGGAUUAUUCUGAAGAUUUUUCCAGCCGCCUGUAUGAUGCUGAAAUGACUGAAAGCAUAGAUAUCAUUGAUAAGCUGUUUACGUCAGAUCAAAGAACCUUCGAGAUGGAAGAACCUAUCACGAAGGACGAGACCAACCAAGCAAUGUCAGCUCCCAAGUAUUACAUUGAUUCUGCUGUUCAGACUGGUGAUAUCCGAACCAAGGAGAGAAGCACAUCACCCCUGUUUCCUCCUAUGAAGGAAGCAGAGAGCCAGUUUGAUGCACAGAUUGGCCAUGCUGAUACCAAUGUCCAAGCCGGCCCAAUCACUGCUAGUGAAUCAUGCUACACUGACCAUGUGUCAAACAAGGAUGUCUCAUCACAAGCAGACUUUGCCACCAAUGAGGUACUGACUAGUGAUGCAGCGACGCAGCAUUAUACACUUGGCCAAAAUAUCUCUGCUCAAGUUGAACCUUUGAUGAUGGAUGCUGGCAUGACUUGGAGGGUGGACAGCACACCUAUUUCCACUCAAGCUAAACCUGAAACACUGGAGCAAGGAACAUCAACUCCGAAACAGUCAACACCAACUUCAGAUAUGCAAACUCAGGCAAAGCCAGCUUCAGUGGCCAAAAACACUUCACCACUGACGAUAAGAAAGAACCAGGUGGCUGUUCAAGCACAGGUUGACCGACAUCAUAUCCCAACUCAGUAUGAAAGGGUAAGCUCUACUGAUGCGAUUGUCCAGAUGAGUCCAGAGUCUCGUGAAAAGGGUACAUCAACAAAGCCGGAGAACAAGGACGUAUCAAUUUAUGUCAUUCCAACUCAGCGCCAUGAGACUACACAAUAUGAGCAAAGUGUCAGAACAGUUGACUUCAUGGUACAGUAUCGCGCUCAACACCUUGACUCCUCUACUCAGUCUGUGGAUUUCAAACCUGCUUGCCUUGAUCGGGCCAGCUCACCCAUACACAUAGCAUUUGAGGAGAUUCAAAAGGAUAAAAUGCCAAUUACUGAAUCUCCAAUCCAACCAGCUGUGAUCCAGCAGGUUUCAGCAUCUCCUACACAACUGGAACCUUUCAAUCAAUUGGAUAGCUCUUACCUACGUCAAGAAAUCCGUGACGAAAUAAGAAUUGAGGUAAUGCAUGAAAUACGGGAAGAGUUACGAGAGGAACUUCUCAAUGAAGUCCAACACAACUUUAAUUCACAAAUUGAGACACAAGUGCAUGAUGAACUGAGAACAGAGCUGGAGAUCACACUUCGUGAAGAGAUACGGGAGGAGUUCAUAGAGGAGUACAAAGAGGAGAUAAUGAUGGAGAUAAAAGAGGAACUCAAGGUUGAAUUUGAGUCAAGAAUCAGACAUGAAUUUGAAGAGCGCACAAGAGAUGACCUUGAGUUCAAGAUCCGAAGAGAAAUUGAGCCCAAAGUAAGACGUGAUUUGGAGCCGAUUAUUCGCAGAGAGAUUGAACAAGAGUAUGUAAAGGAAACAAUCUAUGAGGUGAGAGCUGAGGCACCAGUGAUGUACCAGCCCUCUGAGUAUAAGCCAGAACCAAUGAAACCCCUCAUGCUAGACCGUGGAACCUCUCCAGCCGUGAAAUAUCUGCGUGAUGCUCCCACACAAGCAAGCACAGCUACCACAGACAAAUCUUCACAGUAUGACACACCAAGGCCCUUGGAUGGAAUGACACAAACCCAGGUAUACUCAGUGGAGAGAGGAACUACAUCUGAUAAGAUAUGCACCUCAGAUGUCCCUGUACAAGCUAAACCCAGCAUGAUUCAUCGUGGUACCACACCAACUGCAAAACCAAAUCGUGAGUCUGGAGUUCAAGUGGUGGUGCAGAAGACAGAUAAGGGUGAUCAGUUUGAGGCCAAACCAAGCCAAUCAGAUGUGUCUGUGCAGUUUUCCCACAAUCCUCAGACAGUGGGAGCUCCAUGCCAAGUGCAACCAGAAACUGCAGAACAAGGAACAUUGAUGGAAGUCCCACAGAUCCACCAGACAUAUGUCCAGACAGAGAAUCCCCUCCAAAGAUCUGAAAAUACACAAACUAUCACUAAUCAAAUGGAUGCUGUUUGUCAGUCUGAACCUGUGUUUUACAGAGACACUACACUUCAAGUCAAGCCUGUCACCUUUGAUAAGAGCACUUCCACUCAACCUCACGAGACAGGUGAUUAUUCAGCACAGGUAGAGCUCCUUGAUCAACAUGAAUUCGUUGAGAAGAUCCCUGUCAAACAAGAAGACAGUUCAGUACAACAUGAGGGAAGCAUGGAUGUCACAGACAGAAGAAUUCAGGCUCGACCUGUAGUCAGAGAGCAGGCCAACUCGCCACUGUCUUUCCUAACAUUUGAAAUAAUAAGUCCUCAAAGCCAAGGUCCAGUUCAUGUGCCACCUUACCCUGUCCGAUCACAAGAGGCACCUAUAGAAAGUACAUACAUUAAAGAAAUUGUAACAGGAGAAAAGGUUCAACCGGUAGAAUAUAUACCACCACAGCUCACCUCUCCUACAACAUCUGACAUUUCAAGUCUCAAAUUUACAUACAGCUACAGCAAUCGACCAAGCUCCACUGAUCACGCCAAGAGUCCUCUGGAACCGCAAAUUGCAAGGCUGGACUAUGUCCCCCUCAAGUCAACUGAUCUGUAUCCUUUCCAACCAAUUACAUCACAGACCUCAUCAUACAUGGGCUCUUUUGACUCCAAGUAUGAAUCAAGUAGUCACUUCACCAGAGAAGUCUUACAAUCCAUGCCACCACGAUGUGAGAUGAUUCUGCUUCAAACAACUGCAGCUGGUACAACCUACACCAGUGCAUUCAGAACAUCAACACCUACAACUCACUCUGUAGUGCCUUCAACAUUACACUUGUCUCGCAUGAGCAUUAUGGAACAAGUAAUGCCUACAGAAUCUUCUACAGAUGGCACAUCCCCCAUCUUUUCAGACACUGAAUCUGACAGUUUACCAGAACUGUCAGAACUUGAGAAGAUUCGAAGGGAUCUCCGGCUAUCUAAAGUGAUAUUGACAGAUGAUCAGGCUACUUUGGUGGGCUAUUUUGUUAACCGGGAUGAUGAAACUAAGACACCAGACCUGCCUGACAGUUCACCAUUCAGCACCCCAGAAUAUACUCAAACGUCCUCUAGAUAUGAAUACACCAGUCGGUCAACUUCAAACUAUACUAUGCAGAGCCCCCUUAGAGGUCGUCAGCAUUUCAUGAAUCUUGAGCACACACCAACAGAAAGUAUCCCUGAUGUGAUACUGGAUGAUUCUAAUGAUACAUUCCCUGCACCAAUCGAAGAAAGUGAAUGGUUUAAGAGAGAGACCUCCGCCUAUCGACUGAAUGUUCCAUAUGACAAGAAGGGCUCACCAAGACCUGGUGCACGCAUCGUCCAUUCACUGUCUCCAUCACAGUCUCCGUCACACACACCCGGUAGGAUGUCGCCAGUUUUCUUGACCUCUGAGCAUGGCCAUUCGAUGGAGCUGCUGCCGAUACCACGAGGCAUGGUUACUCGUCUCUCUGACUUACUCUCCGAUGGGAUCCCAAGUGAUGAUGAAUCUGUGCUGCCCAUCAGCAGAUUGUCAGAGAUGAUUGAGAAACAUCGUGAACUGAGCCAACCACCCAAAUGGUCAGCACAGAGCGAGCUGCCAUUGACAUUCAAGGACCCCGAGUCUGAAGUAGACACAACUGAUUCAGAUACAGACACUGAAUCUUUCAAUGCUGUGAUGGACUUCACUGAUCCAUUCCUGCAUGAGAAUCCAAACUUCUGGCAAGGGGGCCCCACAGACUUUGCCACAUCCUCUACAAACUCCGAUGUUAGCUCUGAUGAUGAUGUCACAGUGUAUGGGGACUGUGACGUCUACUCAUUUGAUCUACCAUUCUUUGCGCCUUCCAAGCAAACCAGACCUCAAAGGGAUGCUUCCUGGAUGCCUGGUGAACCUCCCCGUAAAAGACGCUCCGUCAUCAAAAUCGACCGUCAACGGGUCAGAGAAGAGUUGAGCAUGUCUGAAGUUGUGCUCCCUGAUAGACCUCGUCUCACCGGUUACAGAAUGAGCACAGAUGACAGCAACUGGCAAAGAGACAGAUACAACAAUCGGCUUUCCCAAUCUGAGCCUGAUCUCCGCAGGUCAACAACCAGUAGUGAGCCUUUCACAACACCACCCUCUUAUUCCACUGCUUACCCUUACACCAAGCAGCAAAGCAGCAGAAUACAUCCCUCCCCUGAACACCUGAUGGUAGAUGCAGGAGCCAUGCCAGCACUAUCUGCAGAGAUCAGGUAUGCCAAGCUGGUGGAGAAGCAGGAAAUCAGCCACACGCAUCUGUCUCAGUACAGCAGACUAUCAAAGUCAGACCCAGACUUAUCUGCAGGACAAGAACUCUUUGAGUUUGGACACUUUUAAAUGGACAAUAAGAACUGUUUUUCAGGUGUUUCUUGCAUGCUCCUAUGAAGCAAUAUGGUUAACUGUUGAUUGUUUAAAUAAAAAAUGGCGGUUUGAAACUUGAAUUCAGGUUUUGCUACCUUAAGAGUGACUUCUAAAGACAUUGCUUCUUGAGUAAAUAAUUCUUUAUGAGUUCUUGCUACUACAUCUUGCUGCAACAUGGAGAUCCUAAGACACAGACAAGGCAUGAUUAGAAAAUUGUGCGAAUUUUAGCAGAACAUUAUUUGACCUUAGUUUUGAGUUUGCAUUUUGCAAAGGACUGCCAAAGUUUGGCUGUCAAAGAAAAAGUUUAAAUGUAACAUUUAGAAUAAAUUUAAGUUUGUUAACAUCCGAACUACUCGAGCUACUGCAUUCAGUUUUCAUGUCUUAAGGGUAAUGACAACUUACAUGUGUAUAGUGCAUUUUUUAUCCUAAAAAUGUAUUUUUAUAAGCAACUGCAGAGAGUUUACUUUUACAGGUGAGAUUUAGGAAUAUUUUGUAUUAGAAGUUUGGUGUAGGGCAUAUUUAAACGUUGAAAUGAGUUGUUUUAUAGGAUGAAAAUAGUUUGUCUUUUCAAUAAAGUAAAAGUGUUUGUAAAUAUCUAUGCAAGCAUUACCAAACUGAUACAUAUAUUUCUUAAACAGUAUUUAGUUAUCUGCGAGGAACUUAUUUUCAGGAUUGAAAAACACCACUUGUGAGAACUAUUAGCAUGAGGAACAAGGUGCGGAAAUGUGACCUUGAUGUUAAUGUAAAUAUGCAAAAUAUUUUUAUAAAACAUGAAUGUUACAGACAUAAAAACCACUCGUACUUUUAUUCUGCAACUUUGUUUUGUUUUAAAUGUGGUGCCAGUUAGUAAUGUUAUUACCUGCAUGUGAUUCAAUAUUUACAUAAUGCCUUUAAAAUGGUUGUCUUAAAUGCGAAAGUUUCAGAAGUACAUGUACUUCACAAUUAUUGUUAUAUACAGAAAUGUGAACAGUUUGAGGUCUAGGUAAUUGGGAAAAAAUCUUUUGAGAUAUUUACGUAUAUUUAAGACUUACAUCUUGCUAAUAGUUUUAUAAUUUUAAUUUUUGAUUCCUCUAUGCAAAGAGUAACAAAGGUGCUUUAUCCGGUUUUGUUCUUUUUGACAACAUUCAAGUUUAAAUUUUUACUCUGUUUAUAAUCUAAAAUUGCAGAUUUGCUGUACUCAAUGAAAUGCCUUUGUUUAAUUUUUAACAAAACACUCUGCUCAUUGAUUGGAGGUAGUGUCAAAUCAAAUUCAAGGAUCCGUGUGCAGCUGCCUCCUGUGUUAGUGAUAAUGCAACUGGAUUACUUCCUUUGUAAAUCUUUUGUUGAUUUUUUAAAUAUCUUAUUUUAUUACAUACAAAAAUAACUGAAAGAUUUUUAACUGAACAUUUUGGUGUAUUUAUCAUAUAGUAAUGGACGAUACAUUUAGAUGGGGACUAAAUCCUAUAAAAUGAGUAAGAGGUUCUAGUUUUGAGUACGAAACAGUUGAACAAGAUUUGAUGAAAGGAUAUAGGUGAUUGAGACAAAGGGAGGAUAAAAUGUCAAACUGAGCAGGUAGUUCCAACUCCCUUCAUUCAUACCAAGAAUCCAAACGACUAUCAACACCCAUUUUGUACAAUCUGAUCCAAUUAAUCAGAAUAACAUUUGUGAACCUGUAACAGUUUUAACCAUUAUUUAUACAUGAAAAUAUAUAAUCAAAGUGGUAAGGGGGCUUAAAGGUAAAUGAGAAGUUAUUUUUAGAGUAUAUUUGAAUGUAUUAAAAAUGCUGUUUUUGAAAGUUAGAGUAGCUGAUGUCCUGAUAGUAGUUGGAGAGGGUACAAGGUGUCAGCAAUCAUCAACUGCAAUCAUUAUGAAACCUCUACCUAUAUUGAAAUUAGGGAACUAAUAACUUGGUAUUGAUACAAUUCACUCAAGAGCAGGCUUGUCACAACUGUGAAAGUAUCCCUCUCAGUGUCGUGGCUCACAUACUACAUACUGUACUUCUUAACUUUUAUUUUCAGUGUAUUAAAAAUUACAGGCAUUGGAAGUUGAUUAGGAAAAUGUGUAUGACAAAAGCUGUGGACAAAUGUAAAAAAUACUUUCUGGAUAUUAUAUAUAGGGUGAGGCUAUUAAUGUUAAACAAUUUUAUUUCGGACAAAUUCUGGUCCAUUCCUUCCUCCAUGGGUCAUAUUUAACUUUUCUAUCAUUAAUACAGCUGACUCAACUUAUUCAUUUAUUUAGGGACAACUUGGAUUGUUGGAGAAUUACAAGUAUUCUAUGCUCCACUUCCAAUGCCUGUAAAGUCGAGCAUAAUCUGUGUACUGCUAGCUAUAUCCAUUUAUUUUAAGUAAUGAUAUUGGUAAAUGCAGAGAAAUAAAGAGUCAAGUAGGGUAAUGAAAAUGAA